GGCCCGUUUGGCCACCUCUACUCCCGACGUAAUCCGCCGGAGAUGCUCCUCCUCCGCCACCACCCCGCCUCCCUCCGCCGCCGCGUCCGUCUCGACUCCGCCAUCCAUCGCCUCGCCAUGUCGACCGCCGCGUCCGCCUCCGCGCCGCCGGCCUCCUCCGCGGCCUCCGACUACCACUGCCGCACCAAGCACAGCCUCACCGCCGGCUACGCGCGCGGGCCUGGCCGCCUCGACUGGGCCAACCAGCCCAACCCCUUCCUCCGCUUCUCCCCUCCCUCCCAAAUCCCGCUCCCCAACCCGCCGCCGGGGAUCGCCGGUAUCCCCUACCCGUCGCUGUUCCACUCGCCGCCGCCGCCGCCGUCGCCGCAGCCGCUCUCCGUCGACUCCCUCUCCGCGCUGCUGUUCCACUCCCUCGCCCUCUCGGCGUGGAAGUCCGCCGGCGUCUCCACCUGGUCCCUCCGCGUCAACCCCAGCAGCGGCAACCUCCACCCCACCGAGGCGCACCUCCUGUUCGAGCACCCGCGGGACCCCGGCCGCCUCGUCGUCUCCCACUACGCGCCGCGCGACCACCUCCUCGAGGUUCGCUCCGCGGCGCCCCUCGCCGACUUCCCGGCGCUCCUGCCGCCGCCGGCCACCGCGGUCCUGGCGCUGUCGUCCAUCUUCUGGAGGGAGUCCUGGAAGUACGGCGAGCGGGCGCUGCGAUACUGCAACCACGACGUGGGCCACGCGCUGGCGGCGGUGGCGGUGGCCGCGGCGGCGCUAGGCUGGGAUGUUCGGUUGCUUGAUGGGUUGUCCGAUGAGGACCUUGGGUAUCUGGUGGGGGUGGAGAAAGGAGCCCCCCCUCCCCCUGAUGGCUUGCCUGACAAAAUGGUGAGGGGCAAGGCACCAUGGGUGGAGCGGCAGCAUCCCGAUUGCGCGGUUCUUCUGUUUCCGGCUGGCUCAGAGCCAAAGGUGGAUUAUGGAGUGAUGAGUGCGGCAUUGAGGGGAUUGGAUAGAUUGGAGUGGGUUGGGAAGGCUAAUGCCCUUAGCAAGGAUCAUGUGGUGUGGGAUGUGAUAUACCACACGGCGGAGGCGGUCAAGAAGCACGGUCCUGCUCCAGGGGAGAGCUUCUCUGUGAAUCCAUGGCGGAGGAACGCAGCGUUAUCUGAUGAUCUCUAUAAGGAACUGACAGUGCAGGAGGUGGUGCGGCGCCGGAGGAGUGCGGUGGACAUGGAUGGCGUGCAUGUGAUGGGCAGGGACACAUUUUAUCAGAUAAUGUUGCAUUGCCUUCCGUCAGGUGACGUUUCUCCAGAGGAGCUGCAGGGACCUCCAAGUGCUCUGCCAUUUCGUGUCUUGCCAUGGGACGCAGAAGUGCAUGCCACGUUGUUUGUGCACCGUGUCUCAGAGCUGCCCAAGGGAUUGUAUUUCUUGGUGAGGAAUGAGGAGCAUUUUGAUAUGUUGCGGCGUGCCAUGAGGCAGGACUUUGAGUGGGAACGACCUGAGGGGUGCCCUGAUGGCCUCCCAUUGUACAGGCUGAUGAAAGGGGAUUGCCAGCAGAUUGCAAUGCAGAUAUCCUGCUUUCAGGACAUUGCCUCACAUGGAUGUUUUAGCCUAGGGAUGAUUGCUAGAUUUGAGCUUGUGCUACAUGAGAAAGGCGAAUGGAUGUAUCCACGUUUGUUUUGGGAGACUGGUGUUCUUGGUCAAGUUCUUUACCUUGAGGCCCAUGCUGUUGGAAUAUCUGCGACAGGGAUUGGUUGCUACUUUGAUGAUGCUGUUCAUGAGGUACUUGGCUUAAAAGACUUGGAGUUCCAAAGCCUGUAUCAUUUUACAGUGGGUGCACCUGUACUUGACAAGCGGAUCAUGAGUCUUCCUGCAUACCCAGGACCAGGGAUUGAUGCAUGACUGAUUCUCCUGAAAGGUUUUGUUCGUCCUCCAACUUAACUUGAUGAUUCAGGGCCUGUUUAGUUUGCAAAAAGAAAAUUUUUGGGUGUCACAUCGGACGUUUGACCGGAUGUCGAAAGAGGUUUUCGAACAUGAAUGAAAAAACUAAUUUCAUAACUCGCUUGGAAACCGCGAAACGAAUCUUUUGAGCCUAAUUAAUCCAUCAUUAGCACAUGUGAGUUACUGUAGCACUUAUGGCUAAUCAUGGACUAAUUAGGCUCAAAAGAUUCAUCUCGCUAUUUCCCCCCUACCUGUACAAUUAGUUUUUUAAUUUAUCUAUAUUUAAUACUCUAUGCAUGUGUCUAAAGAUUCGAUGUGAUGUUUUUGGGAAAAAGUUUUUGGAACUAAACAAGGCUUCAGUGAGAUAGGAACUCCAGAUCUUGUAUAGUAUUCGUAUCGUUCCAUUUCAGUUUCCAUGUUGCAAUUAAUCCUCUCGUUAGCCUAACCCCCUGAAAUAUCUGUAGUGGUUAGUCCAAUUGGUCUUAUGAUAAGAAUGUUCUGAUCUAAAAAACCGGGCUAAAAUAGAAAUAUGCCAUAAAAAUAGUGUUGCAUUUGUGUGUUGGUGCAAAGCAAUGUAUAGACAGUAAUUUUUUUUUUUGAGGAGAACGACGGUAGAUCUGCCGGAAUUUAAAUUAGGGAAGGGCAAAAACACCGAGAAGAAUUAGUGUUUACAGAGACUGGAAUAAAGGAGAAUUAUAACUCAAGCAUUUAGAGGGUUACAAUUCAGGGGGGCUUGAAAGCCAGUCUACGCAAAUCCAUGUCCUGUUUAAUAAUAUAUAUGUGCUACUUCCCUUUCGGAGAAUCAGUCAUGCAUCAAUCCCUGUAUAGACACAGUAUCAAAGGACAUUCAUAUUGUAAUGCUUUCCAGUUGGCUCCUGUUCUUAUGGGUUUCGUAGCCAAUUGUAAAUUGUUGUUCUGCUUUUUUAUUUUUUAUUUUGUUUAGAGUUCAUUAUGCUCGCUACAUUAGCACGUUUAACAUGGAUCAUCUCAUCGACCAUUAAUACUGCCAGGCUGAUUGCUCCAUUUGAGAUAUAUUAUUGAUUGGAUUA